AUGUCGGAGGAACAAGCCUCGCGCCCUCCUGAGGCGUUCGACAAGCUCGAAAACUUCAACUUCUUGCUGUCUCGCACCGACCCGGCGGCUGCUGCUAGGAACCGUCAUUUUUCGUUCGACGCUGAUACGGGGCUGGUCCCGUUUACCAACGUGAACAUGGAAUAUGACCAGACUGAGGGAAUGGGCGGCCUCUCAGUCAGCUCUUACGACAGUAUAGAUAGUGAUCGCGCCUCUCUGGAUCUCCGAGGAUAUCCCUAUCACGUACCCACGGGGGACAAAGCAAUCAACUACUCGGUCCCUGACCAUAUGAUACCCUACUCGGCGCACUCUAUCUAUCCGCCUGUUCCAUUCGCGCCCGAUGAGCUCGGCCACGCGCCGGGUGCUCUCACGCCCUCGGACGUCUCAUCGUCCAUCUCUCCGCCAAAUGGCCAGAUGGGCAACACCAAGUACUCCACCUCCAUCCCUGGGGACCGCAUCGCCGCGGCUCUGGGUCAGGAGGAAGGUGUCCGUGUUGCGGCUGAAGAAGAUCGCCGGCGCCGGAAUACGGCUGCCAGUGCUCGCUUCCGCAUGAAGAAGAAGCAGCGCGAGCAGGUGCUCGAGCGCACCGUUCGCGAGACCACCGAAAAGAACGCCUCUCUCGAGGCUCGCGUGGCUCAAUUGGAAAUGGAGAAUCGCUGGUUAAAGAACCUCUUGACCGAGAAGCACGAAGCUACUCCGGCUCGUGUGCCAGCUCCGCCUAAAGAUGGCUCGGCGCUCGAGUCAAAGGCUGGCACUGGUGGUCAUGGCCAAAAACAUAUUCAGCCUAAAAAGAAAGGCGUCGGUACUGAUGAGUGA